UUUUGAAACAAUAUCUUCCCAUUACCCUGGUAAGAGCGAGCACCCAGGUGACACACCCAGCCGCGGCCGCCUCACGCCGUCACUCCGCCCGCACGGCGAUCACAGUAAUUUUUUCCUCCAGCCGCUUCCUCAGCCAUCUCCACCGGCCGUCCCUCCGCCUCCUUCCACCCGACUCCCGGCGUCAUAUAAUCCGCCUGUGGACGACUCCGACCUCUCGACGCCAUACCCUACUGUACUAUUCCUCGAAGACGAAGACGAAUGACCAGCACCAAAAGGAACAGCCGAACAGGGAGAAAGGAAGGCUUUUUGCUGAUUCAUUUUUGAUGCCUUUAUUUGGACUGCAGUGAGCUAUGACUUCUGUUUGAGUGGUUAAGGUGUCUAUGAGUUUCAGCUGUAGUUAUCUGCUCGGCUUCCUCACAUCUUCAAGAAGCAGAAUCAGACUCUUCUCAACAUUAAACCUUUCAACACCCUCAACAUUGUCUCAGUAUGCUUCCUGGUUGAAGGAUUGCAAGACAGUUUUCACCACCAGACAACUUCAUCAACAGAUCAUCAGCCUUGGUCUCCUCCAUUCACCUCCGUGCCUCUCAGUUACUUCACAGUCAUCUUCACCAUCAUUAGGUGUUGGCAUUGUAGCUGCAUACUUUGCUUGUGGUGCUCUAACUGAUGCUCUCACCUUGUUGGAACGUCUCUCGCCCUCACCUGUGCUUUGGUGGAAUUUGCUUAUAAGGCAAUAUGUGAAGGAAGGCCACCUUGAUCAUGCCCUGAUACUCUGUCGCUGCAUGCAGCGUGUGGGAACUAGACCAGACCAUUACACCUUCCCCUUUGCUCUAAAGGCAUGCGGAGAGCUACCUUCGUACCGACGAGGGAUUGUCCUCCAUGCAGUUGUUUGUCGCAAUGGCUUUGAGUCUAAUGUUUUUAUUUGCAAUUCAAUGGUAGCCAUGUACUCCCAUUGUGGUGCUCUGGAUGAAGCUUCCCAUGUGUUUAAAGAAAUUCUAUCAAGGGGAAUAGAUGAUGUAACAUCUUGGAAUUCAAUGAUAGCAGCACAUGUAAAGAGUAGUAACCCACAGCUCGCAUUAGAAUUGUUCUCUGAGAUGUCACAAAAGGCUAGUAAUAUUGAGAGUCUAGGGAGGUCAGAUGUCAUAAGCCUUGUCAAUAUUCUUCCUGCUUGUGCCUCCCUGAGGGCACUGUCUCAGGCAAGAGAAAUACAUGGAUAUGCUAUAAGAACUUGUCUUUUUGUUGAUAUCUUUGUGGGUAAUGCAUUAAUUGAUGUUUAUGCAAAGUGUGGAAUGAUGGGUGAUGCUUUUAAAGUUUUCAAUAGCAUGGAGAUUAAAGAUGUAGUUUCUUGGAAUGCAAUGGUCACUGGAUAUUCACAGAAUGGCGAUUUUGACCAUGCCUUAGAGCUUUUUAAGAAAAUGACUAAGGAGAACAUAGCAUUGAAUGUUGUGACAUGGAGUGCAGUAAUUUCUGGGUAUGCCCAGAGGGGACAUGGGCAUGAGGCCCUUGAAGUUUUUAGGCAGAUGCAAUUCUCUGGCUCAGAACCUAACGCUGUUACCAUUAUUUCUCUUCUCUCUGCAUGUGCUUCUGUUGGUGCAAUUUCUCAGGGAAUGGAGACUCAUGCUUAUUCGCUUAGAAAAUGCCUCCUUACGUGGGAUAACAGUUAUUGUGAUGGGGAGGAUCUAAUGGUGCAAAAUGCGCUGAUAGACUUGUAUUCUAAAUGCAAGAAUUUCAAAUUGGCACGCUCAUUAUUUGACUCUAUACCUUUGAAUGAGAGGACAGUUGUUACUUGGACUGUCAUGAUUGGUGGUUAUACACAACAUGGAGAUGCCAAUGAUGCAUUAGGGCUCUUCUCUCAAAUGUUAUUACAGAGUCACUCAGUACCUAAUGUUUUCACCAUAUCUUGUGCUCUUAUGGCUUCUGCUCGCCUUUCAGCAUUGCGGCUCGGAAAACAGAUACAUGCUUAUGUGAUCCGCAACAGCGUCCAGGGCACUAUGCUAUUUGUAGCCAAUUGCCUCAUCGACAUGUAUUCUAAGUGCGGAGAUGUCGAUGCAGCUCAAACUGUGUUUAAUGUGAUAUUAGAUAAAAAUUUUGUUUCCUGGACAUCCCUAAUGACUUGUUAUGGGAUGCAUGGCUAUGGUAAAAGUACCCUUCAUCUCUUUGAGGAGAUGCAAAAGGCAGGGUUUGUUCCUGAUGGCAUCACUUUCCUAGUUGUGCUCUAUGCCUGUAGCCAUUCUGGUAUGGUUGAUGAGGGGUUAGAAUACUUUGAUAACAUGAGCAAGAAAUAUGGGGUUGCUGCUAAAGCUGAACAUUAUGCUUGUGUUAUUGAUUUGUUGGCUCGUGCUGGUCGCUUAGAGGAAGCAUGGGAGAUGAUAAAAACCAUGCCAAUGGAGCCCACAUCUGUGGUUUGGGUCGCCUUGCUUAGUGCAUGUAGAAUCCAUUCUAAUGUGGAGCUUGGUGAAUAUGCUCUCCAUAAGUUGCUAGAGAUAGAGCCCGGAAAUGAUGGCGCAUACACAUUGCUGUCCAACAUAUAUGCAAAUGCAGGGCGGUGGAAAGACGUAGCCAGCAUCAGAUCUCUAAUGAAGAAGCAAGGAGUCAAAAAGAGGCCAGGGUGCAGCUGGAUUCAAGAAAAGAAAGGAACUGUCUCAUUCUUUGUUGGAGAUAGAUCUCACCUGCGAUCUAAAGAAAUCUAUGAGCUUCUUGCCUCAUUGAUUGAACGAAUCAAAGCCCUUGGCUAUGUGCCACAGACGGAUUUUGCAUUGCAUGACGUGGACGAUGAAGAGAGAAGUAACCUUCUAUCUGAGCACAGUGAAAAACUUGCUGUUGCAUAUGGCAUCCUCACCACCUCCCCUGGAACUCCUAUACGUAUUACAAAAAACUUGCGAAUUUGUGGAGAUUGCCACACCGCCAUCACCUUCAUCUCUAUGAUUGUUGACCACGAGAUCAUACUGAGGGAUUCAAGUCGUUUCCAUCACUUUGAGAAAGGUUCUUGUUCAUGUGGUGGUUUCUGGUGAUUUUUUGAGAGGUUCUAUUCUAAUGGAGCAUCUGCAUCAAUCGGCUUUAUUAGUAUUAUUUUCUUUACCCUUCUUGAAUGCUUAUAGAGACAGAAUUAUAUUUCUUACCCUGUGAUUGAAAAUGCUCUGGUGAAUCUAACUUCUUGUACUAUUUGUAACCUUAAACAGAAUACAGAAUGAAUUAUUAUUUUUUUACUUUUAUUUCUUUUAAUUCUUGUUUGAAUACAAAUCUUGCACUC